AUGAUUCGGCUACUCCAUGUCCGAAGGAAAGAAUUCAAGGAAUUCUACGAAUCAGAGUCAGUGCCGCUUUACGCCAUAUUAUCACACAGAUGGAUGCAUGUUCAACGGAAUGGAAAGUAUCGCGCGCUUGAGAUAUCGCACAGAGAAUUUCUUGCCGGAACGGGCGACGAGAAAGGAUACGAGAAGAUCGACAAGGCCUGCGAGGCUGUUCGCGAUCUAUCACAAAAGCUUGUGCUCGAUCUCGAAUGGAUCUGGAUCGAUAGCUGUUGUAUCGACAACAACAAUAACGAAGAACAUUCGGAGGCCAUCAAUUCCAUGUAUGACUGGUAUGCGAGAUCCCAUGUCUGUAUCGCGUACUUGGAAGAGGCCAACCCUUUCGAAAGCGACAAACCCUCUGAGUGGUUCAAAAGAGGAUGGACGCUUCAGGAGUUGAUAGCUCCAGAAGUUGUCUUAUUUUACGACAAAGACUGGAUCGGUUGCGGCAGCAGAAACGAGUACACUCCAGGUGUCUAUGGUGGCCAUUCAUUUCAGGACCGAAGCAAGGAACUUGCCGCUAUUACACGCAUAGAUGCUACACUGCUCAAGCUCAAUAAGCGUAAGGACAUCAAAAGAUGGCUGAAUGCAACCCCUGCAUGCCAAAAGAUGUCGUGGGCAUCUGACAGGAGGACAAGUAAAAAAGAAGACAUGGCCUAUUGCCUGAUUGGAAUCUUUGAUAUACCGCACAUGUAUUUGAAAAGAGGAGAAGGCGGGCGGGCAUUUAUACGUCUGCAGGAAGAAAUCAUCAAACAAAGCAGCGAUCUGACCUUGUUUGCGUGG